CGACAUGUAAACCGCAGCUUUGAUUGGUUGAGAUCUCCUGACGUCGGUAGAGUCCCCGCCUUCUCUCCGGCAGAGGACAGGUUGAACAUGGCGGCGUCCCUGAGGUGCUUUCUCCGCUCAGGAAAGAAUGCCGUGUCGGUUCUCCGGCGGCGGGAAUUUCACAGGAGUGCUCCUUCCGCUGUGCAGAUGAUGGUCCGUGAUGCCCUGAACCAGGCGAUGGAUGAGGAGCUGGAGAGGGACGAGCGGGUGUUCCUGUUGGGUGAGGAGGUGGCCCAGUACGACGGAGCCUACAAGGUGAGCAGGGGUCUGUGGAAGAAGUACGGAGACAAACGCAUCAUCGACACUCCGAUCACAGAGAUGGGUUUUGCCGGCAUCGCAGUGGGAGCCGCCAUGGCUGGCCUGAGACCCAUCUGUGAGUUCAUGACCUUUAACUUCUCCAUGCAAGCCAUCGACCAGGUCAUCAAUUCUGCGGCAAAGACCUACUACAUGUCAGCCGGUCAACAGCCGGUGCCCAUCGUCUUCAGAGGACCCAACGGAGCAUCGGCAGGCGUCGCCGCACAGCACUCGCAGUGCUUCGCUGCAUGGUAUGCUCACUGUCCAGGUCUGAAGGUUGUGAGUCCCUGGAACUCAGAAGAUGCCAAAGGUCUCCUGAAAUCAGCCAUCAGAGACGACAACCCUGUGGUGUUCCUGGAGAAUGAGCUGAUGUACGGGGUUGCCUUCGAGAUGUCGGAGGAGUCACAGUCCAAAGACUUCACCAUUCCCAUCGGCAAGGCCAAGGUGGAGAGACAAGGGAAUCAUGUCACUUUGGUCACUCACUCUCGGUACGUCAGUCACUGCCUGGAUGCCGCUGUUGUCCUCGCCAAGGAGGGAAUCGAGUGUGAGGUGAUCAAUCUGCGGACCAUCCGUCCUAUGGAUGUGGAGAGUAUUGAGACCAGCGUGAUGAAGACCAACCACCUGGUGACAGUGGAGGGCGGCUGGCCUCAGUUUGGGGUUGGAGCUGAGAUCUGCGCCAGGAUCAUGGAAGGUCCCGCCUUCAACUACCUGGACUCUCCGGUUACCAGGGUGACAGGCGUCGACAUCCCCAUGCCGUACGCCAAAAUCUUAGAGGACAACAGCCUGCCGCAAAUCAAAGACAUCAUCUUCUCUGUCAAAAAGACCCUCAAUGUCUGACGCACACACAGGACAAACCCACCUGAAUCCUCUUUGUCUUGUUCACACAGACGGUGGAAAUGUUAUCUGGUAAAACAUUUGAACCAUGUGCAAAUACAGCCAAACGGUUCCUUUUAAAAACACUCCAGAUUAAUGUUACCAGCCAGAUGCUUGUCAAUGAAGCGCACAACUGUUUAUCUGCACCCAGAGCUUUGGACACACAGAGUUCAGUCAAGUUGUCACCUCUGUUAGUCCGUUACAAACUUGACCAAACUCUGUGUGUGGCUCUGGCUGCUCUCUUGACUUCCUCCCCUUCAAAAUAAAAGUUGCUCUAUCCUGUAGACUUUUCUGUGCUUCUGAGGAACUUUGAUAACAACAAAACUGCUGAGUGAGCACCAAAAAAAAAAGUCAGGAUUUGAUCAGUCUGCAGGUCUGAGAGCUGGCAGGGUUGCACAACAGGUAUGUUGUGUAAAGAAUCGUGUACAUUCAAUUUCUUAACCCCUCCAGAAGAACUUGGCAGAAUUUCUUAAAAGCUUUUAGUUUUGUCAGUUUGUGUUUCGAGUGACUGAAAUGUGUCUGUAGAGUCGAGUAUCGAGCACUGUAUCUCAGUCAGAUUACAUUUUAACUUCUUAAUUUGACACUGGUGCCACCCAAAUAGAAAAAAAGGGUUAAAACAUGUUAACCCCAAACUAAGUAUUGAGAAAAGUGCUCACACUCUCAGAAUCUGACAAAAUAUCUGGUGAGAUCAGACUCUGAACUCUGAUUCAGACUUGCAGACAGAUUAUAACUUAAUUUUUCGCUCUCAGUAGUUUUGUUGUUAAUAAACUCCCACAUGGGUGCCCCAGUAGCUCUCCUGGUAAAGCUUCAGCUGUUCAAAUAAAGGCCAAAAAAAUAUUUAAAAAACUCCCACAAAUUUCUAACCACCCAAACAUAUUAUACUAAGUCUGUUAACUUAAUUCCUCACACUGACUCGAGUUCGUCUCUAAAAGCAGCAGUGAAGAAGAAUGAACCAGCUGAGUGCUGGAGGUGAAGUGUGGUCAGGAAUAUUUAUUGUAGCUGCAGCAGCUCUGUUGAUGUUUCUGUUGCUGUAAAUGACUCUGUUACAGAAAUAAAAACCUUUCAAUCCUU